UGCUUCUUAUCGCACCGUUGUCCAAGUUUGCACUUUCAAGUAGACCGCUCAACAUGACGAUUGAAGUCUGGCUUGGUUUAGAUGCUAGGUCUACCACCAUAACCAAAGAAGACCUCAGCCAGCAUACAAGCGUUGCGCAUACAGAGCUUUCUGCAAGUCGAUGCUUGCUGAACCGUGUUUUGACGGUUGUGGUACGUAUCGUCUGUGCAUCUUGAUCAGUACUGGUUUCCAUCGUGAUCCCGGAAUUCAGUUCGAGCAUGGCCUUCCUCGGCUCAUUCACUGCAUUUGUGCUGUGUGUAAUAGGACCAUUUGCUGCCAAGGUCGCUCUGGCUGGUCGGUGUGCUUUUUUUGAUGCCGCGAUGUUGACAAUUGCGGUUAUUAUGAUGAUUUGGGGAACUGUAACAGCAUUUUGGACUGCGUAAAUAGGUGAGCGACGCUGCUAAACAAUGUUGCUGCUUGUUCUAU